AUGGCGCGUAUGUGCUGUGAGGUGAAUAUUGCUGAGACAGAGACGACUGCACCUGGGGACAGGCGUUCAAAACCCGGUAGGAGGAGAAGAAUGGAAAUUCACCAGCUCAAGUUUCUACACUCCGAUUCCUCGGUGGAUCCGCCGCUAGAGAACGGUAAAAAGAAGAGGCAGAAGAUACAGGUAACUCUUCCGGUUUCUACUCCUCGUGAGUGCAUAAACGCAUAUCAGAAUUGCCAAGUAAAGGAGAAAAAGCUUGAGCCAGAAACCGUAACUGAGCUCAAUCGGGUUCUGGAGUGGCCGAAAUUCGGCGUGACAUCGGUUUGUGGAAGAAGAAGAGAUAUGGAAGAUGCAGUGGCAAUUCACCCUUGUUUCUGCGGCAAAAGCAAUGAUAUCUCAACUGGGUUACAUUUCUUUGGAGUAUACGAUGGCCAUGGCUGCUCACAUGUGGCGACCAAGUGCAAAGAACGAAUGCAUGAAAUAGUGAAAGACGAGCUCAAAAGUCGGGAGGAUCCUUCAUGGAACGAAAUUAUGUUCAAGAGUUUUAUAGAAAUGGACAAGGAGGUAACAGAAUGGUCUAAUGGAGCUCCCACCGCUACUUGCAGAUGUGAGCUUCAAACUCCUCAUUGUGACGCCGUUGGAUCCACAGCGGUCGUGGCGGUGGUAACGCCUGACAAAAUUAUCGUUUCUAAUUGCGGUGAUUCUCGCGCCGUCCUUUGCAGGAACGGUGUUGCAAUUCCCCUUUCCACCGAUCAUAAGCCUGAUCGACCCGAUGAGCUCGAUCGAAUUAACCAAGCGGGUGGCCGGGUCAUUUUCUGGGAUGGGCCUAGAGUUCUUGGUGUAUUGGCAAUGUCUCGAGCAAUCGGAGAUAACUAUUUGAAGCCAUAUGUGAUACCGGAGCCGGACGUGACCAUAACAGAAAGGACAGCAGAAGAUGAAUGUUUGAUCUUGGCUAGUGAUGGGCUGUGGGAUGUGGUUACGAAUGAGGUGGCCUGUGGGGUGGCGCGUAUGUGCCUUCAGUCCCGGAAGCCUUCAUCCCCACCGCAAUCUCCAGGCAAUGAAACAACAGUGACUGCCGCCGGCGAGAGCUCCGACAAGGCAUGUUCAGAUGCGUCAAUUCUCUUGACUAAGCUGGCCUUGGCCCGACAUAGCAGCGAUAACGUUAGUGUUGUCGUGGUUGAUUUGAGGAAGGAACUAUAG